AUGGGUGAGGAUGAAAAAAAGAACAAGAAGAAGCAGACUGAGAGGAUACUCACAGAUGGAGAUGGGGCAGCGUAUACGCUACCAGAGGCAUUGGACAUCUUCAAUGUGUACAAGAAGGACAGCUUGAACUUCGUGAUGGGAGACGCAAACAACCACGUGAAUAAGAGAUUCAGAAUGGUACAAGACAACUGGUAUCCGUGGACUGAUAAAAUGAUAAAAUCAAUACAAAUAAACAGGGAGAAGAUCAAGAAUAUGAUGGCGAAGGAGGGACAUGAGACACUAUUCGAGUUAUUGCGACUGGUUGGUGGUGACCUAUGGAAUGAUGGGGCAUACUUUAAGAUAGGUGGAACAGUGGGGGAGAAGUAUUUGACAUUUUUGAAGAAGUUUGAGAAGAACGUUGAGAAGGGGCCAUUUCUGACCAGGUGGUGUGUGUUGAAGAAGAAGACGGCAUUGCAGAUUGUGUCUGAGAAGUAUGCAAUAAAGCGGGAUGGGAUGACAGCAGAGGAGUUGAGGCAAUUUAUUCUGGAAAAUAGGAACAAGUACUACCAGUUUAAGAAGGAGAAAUAUGACAUAAUACGAAAAUACUACAACAAAUAG